AUAGUGGUUUAAAUACGAUGCGCGCGCAUUCUACACCUACCAUAUGACAGAUUGUCAAAAGUACCAUUUGAUAGUGUUAAUAUUUAGGAUUUAUUAAACUUUUGUAGAUUUAUAAGUUAUUACUUAUCAUUUAUCUGCGUAAAUAUUAAAAAUGACAGCAGAAUUAAAAAAGUUUCUUUAUGGACUUCUAAGUAGCGUGGAAGGACUUCACAGUAUAUUGAUAACAGAUAGGGAUGGAGUACCUGUGGUAUUGGUAGCUGAUGAAAAAGCACCAGAAUUAGCUAUGAGAGCAAGUUUCUUGUCUACAUUUGGCAUGGCAACAGAUCAAGGAAGUAAACUGGGACUGGGAAAAAAUAAAACAAUUAUAUGCAUGUACAGCAGUUACCAGGUAGUUCAAAUGAAUAAAUUACCACUAGUGAUUAGUUUUAUUGCAAGCCAUAAUUGUAAUACAGGUCAUAUUUUAUCUUUGGAAAGUAAAAUUGAUCCAAUUUUAUGUAAUUUAAAAAAUGCAGUAGUGGAAGCCUGAUG